AUGAUUAAAGAAUGUGUAACUGCAGUAGCCGAAGGAAUGUGCCCCGAAAAGGGAGUUGACAAUGCCAUUAAUAAAAAGAAUCUUCAAUGGAAAAACUUGAAAUCUAUUACAACUGAUGGAGGCAAAAACAUUUGUGGUACAAAUAAAGAAGUGGUUGCACUUGUGGCAAAAGCUGUAGAAAAUGAUGGUGGUUCAAAAACAUUGGUCUUACAUUAUAUCAUUCAUCAAGAGUCAUUUUGCGGAAAAUGUCCGAAUGAUGGAAACUUAGACUUAGAAGAAUUCAGAUUCCUGUGUCAAGCUUUAUUCAGAAAUAAUAAAGGUGAAACGUACGAAGUUAAGGAUUCUGAGCUGCGCGAUAUUUUUCAGAUCUUCGAUACUAACAAUGACCAGAAUAUAGAUAAACAAGAGUUUUCAUAUUGUUGGCACAACUGGAUCAAAGUGAUUGUACGCCCCAUCUCAGCAAUCCUUAUCAUCGAUGUUCAAAACGACUUCAUUUGUGGCACUCUAGACAUCAGAAACUGUCCAGCAAAGCAAAAUGCCGAAGAAGUCAUCCAACCCAUCAAUAAUCUUCUAGACACCAUAGAAUUUGAUGCCAUUUUUUAUUCAUACGAUUGGCAUCCCAGUGAUCAUGUUUCUUUUAUUGAUAACAUAAAUUUGAGAAAAUUACACGAAUCCAGUCCGCACACUGAUCCUGACAAGGUGGCCGAAAGUGCAGUAAAAAUUUACAAAGGUACUAAUCCCGAAGUGGAUUCCUAUUCAGCGUUUUGGGAUAACUCAAAAAUGACAGACACCAAAUUAGCAGCACAACUUAAAAUGAGAAAUAUUACUGAUGUAUAUGUUUGCGUCGGCUACGCUUCAGCCUUCAGCUGUAUUUACUUAGCUGUUGUUUCGAAACGUUUAGUGAAGCAAGCAAGACUGUUUAAAAUGUCGGACAGUGACGAAAAUAUAAGUGUUAAUACAGAAAAGUCAACGAAAAAAUAUGGCCGCCUUAGAGAUGUUGAUAAGAAGCUAAAGGCGUCGACGUUUGAAACCGGAAGCUGCCAAUGCAAGCGGUAUAUGUGCUUUGAGAAUAUUUCUGUCGCCGAACAAAGAGCAACGGCGAUAGAUGCAAUUUCCAGCGGAUUUCGAGUAAUUCUACUAGAUGAUUGUUGCAGAGGAGUAGACCUCUUGGAUAUCGAAAAAACCAAAAAUACUGUGAUCAAGAACCACGGAGUUGUAGUCAAUUCUGACAGGGUUAGGAAUAUGGUCGAAGGAAACGACAGAAGACCUGAACUCGGUUACAAAUUGGCGUUAAAUCUAAAGGAAGAGAAGAUCAAACUAAAGGGCGAUUCGUAAUUUCUUGAUAGUUUUAGACGUAUCUGAUCGAUUGUACUUAUUUAAAAUUAAGCUUUAGAUGUAAAAUAGGGCAUAUCCAGUUGUUUGUUCAAAUUAUUGUUAGUAUAAUUAUAAAUAAAAAUUACAACUGUUUAACGGAUGUUUGUAAAAAUAAAAUGAUUACGAUAAUAAAACAUUAUUUAGA